UACCAAUAAUCAUCGGCAUUAAACGUCAAAGCGAUCCAUCAAAAAUUCGUGCUACUGGAAAAAUAAUUUAAUUUGAAACCCUCGAAUCAUGUGCAAAUCUUCGUAAUUCUUCAUCAAUUUUCCAAACAAUUUGUUUGUAAACGCCAAUUGCAAAAACUCUGUCUCCUAACUAUCGACAUCGAAUCGACCGUGACAAAAAUCCUCGAAGUCGAACCAAACGAUUCGUAGCAGAAGAAAAAGACAAAGUAAAUAAAAGAAGUUAUUCCGGUCGAGCCGAGUGUCUUCGAUCUUGGUCUCGUCAGUCAGACGGUUUCGAGCUGUCUGUUCAAACGUCGGGUUACUCGGUGUAAAUUAUCGUACCAUUUCUCGGCUGAAUUCCCACCGAUGGUAUUUUUAUGAAAUCCCCAUGGAAUUGGGGUUCGUCGAGGUUUAUUGAAUACCAGAUGACGGAUCGUUGAACGAGUGACGAGAAUACAGGAUGGAGCAAGAAACCGUGACCGUGGAGCAACUCGCCCCGAACGAGAAUGCCAAUGAGACUAUGGGGGAUCCAAGGAAACAAGGAAUAAGGUUCAUGGAGCCUAAAAAAAAUGAGAUACGUGAUAUGAUCACGAACAAAUUGCAGCAACAAUUCCAGGAAAUCAGGCAAGAUAUUCUGGAGGUUGUUAACAUCCAAAUAAACGACAUGAUAUCGGAAAUAGCUGAGAAAAUGGCAUCCAGCGAGUUGAAAGAUCUGGUUGACUCAGAGAAAUACUCCAACAGAACGAAGCCAACAAGAGGAAACACUUUGCCAACGAAGCAAUUUCUCCAGAGAAAUUCUCUAUUAACCGAUCUGUACGAGAUCAAACAUAUUCGCACAAUUUAUAACCUCAUCGUGUCAACACUGAUAAUUCUUUUAAUACACACAGCUGUGUACGAUAUUCGACACACUGGCUCACCUAAUCUCGGCAUCGACACAGUGAUGAUUGGCUUUGCCAAGUUUCCAGUGGUGCUUUAUGUCUGGUGCUUGAUGAAGCUUUCAGUUCUAGGAGUUUAUACUGCUUUCUGUCUUUGGGCCACUCGUCGUCUCGAGUAUUCUCCUCAAUCGGUGUCUAGAAAAAUUUGGGACUAUUCGUGGUUGGCAGCCAUCAUCCUCUAUCAGGCGCUGUUAUUCGUUCUGCCUACCAAAGCUGUGCUUGACAACCACUUGCCAUUAGCUUCUACUAUGAUCAUCCUUAUGGAGCAAAUCCGAUUAGUGAUGAAGACUCAUGCCUUCGUUAGAAGCGUGGCACCAAGAUUUUUGUCGUACAAACCCCAUUCAGACACAUCACCACCACAGCCUCCUGGCUUCUCCCAAUAUCUCUAUUUCCUGUUUGCACCGACUCUGAUUUACCAAGACAGAUACCCUAGAGCGCAGAGGAUUCGAUGGAACAUCGUUCUGACUAAUUUCAUUGAAGUACUAACGAUCAUCUUCUUCGUGGCACUUCUCUACGAGCGAUUAUUGUACCCGAACUUUCGGGAUUUUGGAAAACAACCUAUAGAGUGGGGAACCCUGACGCUUAAUAUUCUGAGCUCGAUGCUACCCGGAAUUCUUAUGUUCCUUUGUGGCUUUUAUCUUCUCCUACACUCCUGGAUGAACGCCUUCGCUGAACUGUUGCGAUUUGCUGACAAAAUGUUUUACCAAGAUUGGUGGAACUCGAUCUGCUACAGCACCUACUAUCGCACCUGGAACAUCGUGGUCCACGACUGGCUGUACACCUACAUCUACAAAGACAUGUACGAGAUCGUGACGCCCAGGAACAAGAAGCUAUCUGUCUGCGUGGUCUUCGCUGUUUCGUCUAUCAUCCACGAGUACAUAAUCAGCUUCGCCACCGGCUUCUUCUAUCCUGUGCUACUGUUCUUGUUCGGUGGGCUAGGGCUGAUCGUGGUAUUCGUAUUGAAAUCGGCAGGGAACGUGUUCCUCUGGUUCAGCCUGAGCGUAGGCAACGGAGUGAUAGUCAGCCUGUACUGCAUGGAGUAUUACGCCAGGAUCAACUGUCCACAGACUCGUGGCGAUUUCUGGGACCUCGUGAUCCCGAGGACUUGGUCGUGUGUCUACAAUGAGGAAGGAUUGAGAGAAGCACUGUGAAAGCCACGUUUGUGUUUGACACGAAUAGAAAGUUUCAGUUGUGGGUACCUCUGUAUACUUGUAUGCAUGACGGGAAGCAUUGGCGUGGAUCGGGGAAGCUGAUCCAUGCAAGCAUUCGUGUAUAUCAAAGUGUAUGCUCGAUACUCCAAGGUCGUUUAAAGAAUCUAGAUUUAAAUCACUAAGGAAUGGUCGUUGUUAGUGUGGCGAAUAUCGGAAAUGUUUGGAAAGGAAGUUUGGAGAUUGGAAUACUCACUGCGAACAGUAUUUCGGUCUGAUAGGUAGGCUAGUAGACGAAUUCGGUACGUUUCUAUGAGUAAGACAAUCGAAGAGUACUCGUCUGUUAUGUAUAUGAUAUUAAAAUAAGUCAGAUUUAUGAAUUAUGCGAAACGAGAGGAUG